CUUACAACAGUUCGUUUCCUCUUUCCCGGCCCACGGCAUUCAAUUAUAUCAUCAUCGAUUAUUGCUGCGGUUCUCGCGCUCUUUAAAUUCCCCCCUUCCUCUCCCCCUUUCUCAUUCGGCAAGAAGCGGAGCGAUCUCUCCUCCGCCAAAUUCCAAAUCCUUCUGAACAAAAUCGAUCGAUCGAUCGUACAGUUAGCUUCCCAGCUUGAGUUGAUGGAUCCCUCGUUGGCAUUGGCAAAGCGGCUUUGGCGCAUGAUACGAGCCACCCACUGCGUCCUCCGCAAGGGCUUCGCCAAGCGCAACAAACUGAUGAUCAUGAACCUCCACCUCCUCCUCAAGCGCGGCAAGCUAGCCGGAAAAGCUCUCACCAACUUACUCCUCCACCACGGCCACCAUCCCAGCGCCGACAUCACCGGCAUGUCGCCGGAGGAACUAAACUUCUUCUUCUACGCCCCCGGCGACGUGGAGUUCAGCUGCAGCAACACGCCCUCCCCUGCUUUCUUCCUCUCCGCCGCCAAGCGCCUCACGAGCGGUCGCCGACGCAGACAAGAAGAAUCGUCCCUGGACGUCCACGUGGCGGCGGCCGCGCUGGCGAAGGAGUUCGAGAUUCUGAGCCUGGCGUCGCCGGUGCCGGCGGGGCGGUUCGGGAAGAGCCUGGCGGCGCCGCGGCAACUGAGGAUAACGGACUCGCCGUUUCCAGCUAGGGAGGAGGAAGAGAACGACGGCGGCCGUGUGGAUCGGGAGGCGGAGGCUUUCAUCAGGCGGUUCUACGACCAGCUGCGCCUGCAGCAGAGCGUCCCGGCGACGCCGGAGUUUGACGGCCGCCGCUCUUGAUGUUGAAGGAUUAAGGGUUUAAUUGUUGAUUAAAUUAAAAAAUCAGUCAGGCGCUACUGAAGAGAUGUAUGAAGAACAAUCCAUUUACAUGGAUGGAACGCACAAUGUACGUGAGAAAAUUUUAAUAUGAAUCAUAUUUCAUCA